AUGUCGACUGCCCUAGAAGCACCCAACUCUCCCGAACCGAACGAGGCAAAGACUCUGGCGGUUGUUUUGCAAGUCGUUCACCGUGCCCACCUCAACUGUCUGCAUCUUGGUGACGAGGGAGAAGACACAUUCGAUAUAGACGCGCCAAUCGCUUGGACUUUUGAGGGCAUCGAAGGCUUGACUCGUGUCGGCGGUUCCGCAAUGCCCGUCUCGCUCAAAGUGGCAGAUGCGGACAAAGUGUGCGCAAGUCUUAGGGGACUUAUACAGACUCUCCGAGCCAACAAGGCCGCGAAACCCGCAGAACGGCAGAUACGACUGUAUCGGGCGUUGCAGACGGUGUCUGACAUGGACGGCAUUUUGCGCCAGCUCCGUGCCAUGCAGAAGACGAUGAGGGAUUAG